AUGAAAAGCGAAACCGAAGACAACCAAAUGGACAACCAUAUAUCUUAUGUCCAAAUAAAACUAGAUAGAAAACCAAACACUAAAGCAAACUUUUCAAAAACUGUAAAAGGAAAGCUGAAAAAGCAAUGCACUUUCACCAAAAAGAAAGUUAAAAAAACAAUCACAGGAUUCUUUCCUGUGAUAAAAUGGCUUCCAAAAUAUAACUUCAAAGAAAACACGUGGGGUGACGUAAUGUCGGGCCUUAUUAUCGGCAUCAUAUUAGUGCCACAAGCCAUAGCCUACUCCCUCCUUGCAGGCCUCAAACCAAUUUACAGCCUAUACACAUCCUUCUUUGCGAACCUUAUUUAUUUUAUAAUGGGGACCUCUCGGCAUGUGUCAGUGGGAAUAUUCAGUUUAUUAAGUUUGAUGGUAGGUCAGGUCGUGGAUCGAGAGGUACAGCUUGCCGGUUUUGACUUAGACGAUGACCUUGUGUAUAAACAGGGCAGUUUAAACAUAAGUGAUAUGAAUGUAACGACUGUAAAUAUCAGUCUGGGCCUGAUCGACAUUGAAUGCGGAAAGGAAUGCUAUGCAAUAAGUGUUGCAGCAGCACUGACUUUUAUAGCUGGGAUUUAUCAGAUUCUCAUGGGAGUGUUCCGUUUGGGUUUUCUGUCUAUAUAUCUCUCAGAACCCAUGCUGGAUGGAUUUGCCACAGGUGCUUCACUGACAAUAUUAACAGCCCAAGUUAAAUACUUAAUAGGAAUAAAAAUCCCAAGAAGCCCAGGGAUUGGAAUGCUGAUAACAACAUGGGUUAAUAUAUUUAAAAAUAUUCAUCAUAUCAACUACUGUGAUUUAAUAACAAGCGCUAUCUGCAUAGCAGUGUUAGUGUUGGCUAAAGAACUUGGAGAUCGAUACAAAGACAAAAUUAAGAUUCCUCUUCCUACGGAGCUAGUUGUAAUUGUAGUGGCGACUCUCGUAUCACAUUAUUGCAACCUGAAUGAGGUCUAUGGAUCUAGUGUCUCUGGUGUAAUUCCAACUGGAUUUAUACCACCAAAAGUCCCUAAUUUCGGGUUGGUGGGGAAAAUUGCCAUUGACGCCGUGCCUCUAGCGGUUGUCAGCUUUGCAUUUACAAUCUCCUUGUCAGAAAUGUUUGCUAAGAAAUACGCAUAUACAGUAGAAGCCAACCAAGAGAUGUUUGCCAUAGGAUUCUGUAAUAUAAUUCCAUCGUUUUUCCACUGUUUUGCCACCAGCGCUGCUCUUGCAAAAUCACUUGUCAAAACAUCCACUGGAUGUAAGACACAAGUAUCUAGUGUAAUCAGCGCGAUAGUGGUAUUAUUGGUUCUUCUUUUUUUUGCCCCUCUGUUUUACUCGCUACAAAAAUGUGUCCUGGCCUGCAUCAUAAUAGUUAGUUUACGAGGAGCUUUAAGGAAAUUUAAAGAUUUGCCAGCUCAAUGGAACCUCAACAAAAUAGAUGCAAUUAUAUGGAGCGUUACAGUAGCGUCAUCUGCCCUGAUUAGUACAGAAAUAGGCCUCUUAGUAGGAGUGGUCUUUUCAAUGAUGUGCCUUGUUGUGCGCACUCAAUUACCGCACACAGCCCUGCUUAGUCAAAUUCAAAAUACAGUCUUUUAUGAGGAUGCAGAUAAAUACAAAAACCUCUCCGCUAUUCCCAAAGUCAAGAUAUUCCGAUUUGAAUCACCUCUUUAUUAUGCAAAUAAAGUAUAUUUCCAACAGUCCCUCUACAAAAUGGCUGGUAUGGAUCCCGGCCUAGAGAUAAUACGACGGAAAAAACAAGAGACGAAAGAGAAAAAGCAGAUUAAAAGAAAACAAGCCGCAACAGUUAAAGACACAGAUGAUUCCGAAACACAUUUACAACUUGUUCUGAAGCAAACAGAACUUCAAACAAUUAUUCUGGAUUGUUCUGCAAUUGCUUUCUUGGACACAUCUGGCAUUGAUACAUUAAAGGGUAUACUAAAAGAUUACAAGGAAGUGCAAGUCAGUAUGCUUUUGGCUUGCUGUAAUACUACUGUUAUUGAUUGUCUAAUUAGGGGAGAGUACUUUGGGAAAGAAAACAAGGAUAUCCAAAAGCUUCUUUUUCAUAACAUUCAUGAUGCUGUUCAGUUUGCACAUCAAAAAGAACUCCCUGUCACAGACUCAACUGUAUAG